AUGCCGGCUAAAAUUUCUACAAGAGGUCAUGCGUCAAAAAGUACUGAUGCACUUAAUGAUUCUCAAAUAAAUAUUGAAGGAUUAGUUCGAGAAGUACUUCAGUUUGAUAUAUUGGUAUCAGCCAGUCGUAUUGGUAAAGUAAACAACUUCUUGGAUCAACGUCCACGUGCUAUUAUUAUGCGCUUCGUGCGUUAUUGUACACGUCAAAUGAUACUUCGGAAUAAAAAAAAACUAGAACGUGGUACUUUUAUUAAUGAAGAUUUAACAAAGUCUAAUUUAUCAAUUUUCGAAUAUGCACGCUCGAUAUGUGUAGAAAAGAACUGUAUUUAUACGUCAAAUGGUAAAGUUAUGUAUAAUGAUGGUAAAAAACGUCUGGAGUUAUUUUCAAUUCAGCACGCUAAAGGUUUAAUCGAUGAUGGAAGGGAUUAA